GGAAUUGGGGUGGGGGUGGGGUGGCGAGGAAGCGCCGCCUUGAAAAGGGAGCCACUGGCCCACGUUCCCUCCGAGUGGCUUUUCCCGGGUUCUCCUCCUCCUGCCGUGUGAGUGCUGCAACCUGAGCUUGGCACGAUGGAUCCCGUGCAAGAGGGACGUGUUGUGAUUGUUGGCAGUGGACUCAUUGGAUGUAGCUGGGCCAUGUUAUUUGCUUCUGGUGGAUUUCAAGUAAAGCUUUAUGAUAUUGUACAAGAACAGGUAACAAAAGCCCUGGAAAAAAUUGGCAAAGAAUUGAAAGAACUAGGAAAGACAGGAAUGCUGAAAGGCUCUCUGAAAGCUGACCAGCAGCUGUCUCUCAUUACCGGUUGCACAGAUUUAAAAGCGGCAGUAGAGGGGGCCAUUUACCUUCAGGAGUGUACGCCUGAGAACCUAGAACUGAAAAAGAAGAUUUUUGGCCAGUUAGACCUUAUUGUCAGUAAUGAUGUAAUACUAGGCAGCUCAACCUCUUGUCUUAUGCCUACAAAGUUGUUCACCGGGCUAAAGCACGUUAAGCAGUGUAUAGUGGCACAUCCUGUAAACCCACCAUAUUAUGUUCCUCUGGUUGAAUUGGUUCCCCACCCAGAAACUGAACCUUCUACAGUCGAGAAAACCUAUGCUCUGAUGAAGAAGAUUGGGCAAUCUCCGGUUCGGUUGACAAAAGAGAUCGAUGGUUUCGCUCUGAACCGACUCCAGUAUGCAAUCAUUAGUGAAGCAUGGAGACUUGUUGGUGACGGAGUAAUAUCUACUGAUGAUCUGGACCUUGUAAUGUCCGAUGGCUUGGGAAUGCGGUACGCUUUUAUUGGACCUCUGGAAACCAUGCAUCUGAAUGCGGAAGGAAUGCUGAACUAUUGUGACAGAUACCGUGAAGGUAUGAUACGUGUCUUGAAAACCUUUGGGCCAAUACCGGAUUUUGCAGGGAAAACAGAACAGAAAAUCAAUCAGGCAAUGUGCGAAAAGACCCCAGCUGACCCUGAACACCUAAAUGCCAGAAGACACUGGCGAGAUGAAUGUCUUGCACGCCUGGCUAAACUGAAAAAGGAAAUUAAAUCCGACGAUAUGCAUAAUCUUUAAACCAAGGGGCAGUUAUCAUUGGAUUGGUAUUUGAAUGGGCACAUGCAUCUCUUCCACAAGCAGAUGUUAAAAGCAUGGAAGACUCAGUUGCAAAUGCCAGAGUUGGUCAAUCCACAUAACUAGUCAAGUUAAUUAAGGCUGGAAUAUUUUUUUAUCUAAAGCUACAAUCCUAAACCCUUGGGGCAGAUGCAUGGAUUUCAGUGGGACUGCAUAUUUGAUUAUAAAUUGCGCCUUUAAUGCAAUUGUAUACUCAAUGCAAGACUUCCUUCAUUUUAAGUAACAUCCUGUAUUACAGAAAUUACUAAUUAUUAUGUAUUUUUAGUAAUUUUACUCAGGGGUGGCUUCUUAUCAGCACUCCCUUAAAUAUUAAUAGUACAGAACACUGAUGGUAUUCAUUUAAAAUGAUGCUUGUUAUAAUCAUACUUUGUGGUUAAUUUAGCCCAAGAUGUGUUUGAGCUUGCAUUUUGGGGAAUAUAAGAUUAGGCUGAGACAAAAAUAAUGACUGGUUGUUCCUUUGGGCUGCAUUCUGCUCUGUUGAGUACUAGCCAUCACACCCUGAUUUAUGAUCAAUUUAGAUUAUCAGCAAAUUCAUUUGUAGACAAGUCUGUUUCAUUAAUGUUAAAGGGCCUUUAACAUUAUGAACUUUGCAUCAUAGACUUUGGUAUGGUAUCUAUGAUGGCAAUAAAUCUACACAGGAACAUAUAAUACAGUGGUACCUCUACUUACGAAUUUAAUGCGUUCCGAACACACAUUCGUAAGUCGAAAAAAAUUGUAAGUCGAAUCCCAUAGGGAGAAAAAAUUCGUAAGUAACCCUAUCUAAAAAUUCAUAAGUAGAAAAAAACCUAAACUGCAUCCAAGAUGGCGGACGGAGCUCCAUUCGUAAGUAGAAACAUUCAUAAGUAGAGUUAUUUGUAAGUAGAGGUACCACUGUAUUGUCUGGAAUAUGAUGUUGUUUUUAACCUGGUUCUGUUGACUGUUCUUCCAAUUACAAUGUGACCUUAGGGAUUAAGGAAACACCAUCAAAGCAUUCUUGACGUAUGCCUGUCAAGCCUCUGCUUGAAGACCUCCAAAGAAGGAGACUCCACCACACUCCUUGGGAGCAAAUUCCACUGCCGAACAGCUCUUACUGUCAGGAAGUUCUUCCUAAUGUUUAGGUAGAAUCUUCUUUCUUGUAGUUUGAAUCCAUUGCUCCGUGUCUGCUUCUCUGGAGCAGCAGAAAACAAUAUUUCUCCCUCCUCUAUAUGACAUCCUUUUAUAUAUUUGAACAUGGCUAUCAUAUCACCCCUUAACCUUCUCCAGGCUAAACAUACCCAGCUCCCUUCUAUCAGUUCCUUCUAUUUAGUUCAGUUCUCUACAGUGAUUCCAGUUUCAAAUACCAUUGCAGGCACAUUUCUUGUACUAGUCUGUGUAGAAGCUAUGCAACUAUGUGUUGGUUGUUGAACCAAUCAAGAAAGCUUCCUCAUGUCAAAUCAGAUCAUUGGUCCAUCUAGUAUUGUCCACACUGAGUGGCACUGGCUUUCUAGGAAUUCAAACAGGAGUCUUAGCUACCUGGAGAUACCAAGGGCUGGAUCUGGAGUCAUUAGGAUGCAAAGCAUGUCUCUCCACUAUGAAGGCUGAACCAACCAAUGCCUCAGCCACAGAUUACUAUACCAUAUUCAGUAUACAAAAAUAUAUAUGAGAAAAGCAUUUUUUAAAUCCGUUUUUCCCUUUUUAGUCUUAUGAAGUAGAAGAAUUCUUAUUGGCAACAAUUUAUAUCAGAUUUAAAAUAUUUCUGUAGAUAAACAGAUAAAUGUUUUCAUCAUUGCUAACCAACUAACUGCCUUUUUGUGAGACUGAAAGCCUUAGGCCAUGGGACAAAUAUCAAUAUUUUAUAUACCACACGGAAUGAACCAGUAACCUUGGCAGAUGCCUUCACAGGUGGGGAGUGUACAGUGGUACCUCAGUUUAAGUACACAAUUGGUUCCGGAAGUCUGUACUUAACCUGAAGUGUACUUAACCUGAAGCGAACUUUCCCAUUGAAAAUAAUGGAAAGUUGAUUAAUCCGUUCCGGACGGUCCGCGAGUACUUAACGUGAAGCGUACUUAACCUGAAGCGAACUUUCCCAUUGAAAGUAUUGGAAAGUGGAUUAAUCCGUUCCAGACGGGUCCGCAGAGUACUUAAACUAUCAAACCAAAGCAUACUUAAACCGAGGUAUGACUGUAGUUGAUACCUCCUAGGGUCCUCCUGGAGCAUAACUUAUACACAACAUGGGGCAGUUUUCUUCCAUGUCUUAACUAGGGCUGGGUGAUAUACCAGUAUAUCAUCCAAAACCAGUUUGAAGUCCAUAUUGUGAUACUGGCUUUGUAAUUUUUGACCGGGCAAUAUAUAGUGAAUCAUGAUGUGUGUGUACAUGCGCACACCAUGAUUCAUUAUAUAUUGCCUGGUCAAAAAUUAUUUGUUGGUUUUUCCUGCACCAUGCUUUUUGCAUAGUAUGUGUGUGUGUACAUGCGCACACAUACUAUGCAAAAAGCAUGGUGCAGGAAAAACCGUGAAGCCAACAGAUGCCCCUACAUAGCUCCAUCCUUAUUUCAGACAUUGUGAUAUAUCAUUAUAUCACAAUGUUUAGCUGGUGAUAUAUUACAGUGAUGAAAAUCAGAUAUCGCCUAGUCCUAGUUUUAAUGUGAAGUUUUAAGAGGAUUAUAGAUACAAAAGAAACUUAAGCAGGAGAGACUCCGCUCAGAGGAGUUCCUAGUCCUCUGUUUUGAUGGCAGGUGCUGGGCACAGGGUUUUCUCAGCUGGAUUUCCCUCCUUUGGGAGACUGACUACUGUAGCUUAGAGUAGACCUGUAAAGACCAUCUUGUUGAGUUUUAGCUUGGAUUAAUUAUCACAGCCCUGUAUAAUCAUUUUAUAUUUGGUUACUGGUGAUGUUGUUUUUGUGCUGCCAUUUUAUGAUGAUGACUUUUCAAUUGCUUCUGUUAAUGAUUGCAUGGUGUUCAGGGCUAUUUUGUUGACGGGGAUGAGCUAUACUGACUGAUUGGUUCCAUUAUGCUAAUAGCUACAUGAUGUUCAGAACCUCAUUAGCAAAUUUAACAGAAAGAGAACUUAUUUUCUUUCUUUAAACCACAUCAUGGUGGAAUUAUAAUACUACUUCUAAAUAAUUGCCAUAACAUUAAUUUCAUUUUAUUAAAUAUGAGUGUGGCCUUUUAAAAGUAAUUUUAAAAGUAAUUUAAAAGUAACUUGCUUCUGUUCUGAAAUAUUGACGCUCUCUUAACACUGGUAAAUAUCUUCACUUUGCUUGUCAAUAAACAUAUGUAAUGAAAUCUC